AUGAGGUCCAUCAAGUGCGUAAUAAUUGGUGAUGGUGCAGUGGGUAAAACAUCUCUUCUAAUAUCAUAUACUACCAAUUCUUUUCCAACCGACUAUGUUCCAACGGUUUUUGAUAACUAUUCUACCACUAUAGCUAUCCCCACCGUAACUGCAAAUGACCCCUUAGAGCUUGACAAUGGUAAUAUUAAAGGAGGAUCAUUUUCCUCCGCCAGUUCUCUGCCAAGUACGGAAAGAAAACUAUAUAAAAUCAAUUUAUGGGAUACUGCAGGACAGGAAGAUUACGAUCGUUUAAGACCGUUAUGUUACCCCCAAACUGAUAUUUUCUUGAUAUGCUUCUCUGUAAGUGAACAUGCCAGUUUUGCCAACGUUACCGAAAAAUGGUUACCUGAGUUGAAACAGACUUCUAAUAUUGAAAAUACCUCUCUGUUCACUGAAUUAAGGAAAUAUCCUAUUCUAUUGGUCGGCACCAAAAGUGAUCUAAGAGAUGACCCGUCUACUCAGAAAAAAUUACUAGAAGCAAACUCUGAUUACGUGUCUCAAGAGGAAAUAGAUGAAGUCGUACACGAAUAUGGGUUUAUGGGAUAUACAGAAUGUUCUGCUGCCACUCAAGCGGGUGUUCGAGAAGUUUUCGAGCAUGCAGUGAGGUACGCCAUUUAUGAGCCGGGGUCCACUAACCAGAAAGCGGCAAAUCAGACCCCUAGCGAUGAACUAACGACCGCAACAACUAACAUCAACGAUGACAAAAAUAUUCUAGAGAAAAAACAGCAACCACAUCACAAUAACAGUACAGAUAGUACUCUUCCGAAGGACAAUUUACAACAGGAGAAGGAAGCUCCUAAUGCCAAAUCUACCAAAAAGCAACAGAAAGAUAAGGCUCACGAACAAGCAAGAAACAAAAACACCACGAUGGCCUCAAAGGCACAUUCCAACAAACAGACCAAGCCAAAGGUAAGAAACGAAAAGAAGAAGAAAAAGUCAAAGUGUGUAAUACUUUAA